CGGACUACAACCCCCAUGAUUCUUUGCGCUGCGACGGCCAGCAAGAUGGCGUCGGACGGCGGCCCGGCGGCGGGCGGGCCCCCAGCCCCGCGCCAGGUCUCGUUCGGGUUCACGCGCACGACCGCGCGCAGGAGGCUCGUGGGGGAGGGCGGGGCAGGGGCCGCGGCAGAGCCCGACUUCAUCAGCGCCGUGGAGGGGAGCGAGCUGCGCAGCCUCCGGCCGGCCCCAGCCCCUAAGGCGCUCGUCAUCCCCUUGAUCCAGCGCAACCAAUGGAAGAAGCCGGAGACGGCCCCUGUGGGGACCCCAGACCAGCAGAGGGAUGACAGUGUGGAGUCCCAGGCUGUGAGGGAGAUCAUAGAGGAGUGCCGGCAGUCCCAGGAGCGGUGGGAGAGCGGCACCAAGGCUGACCCCAACUUGGCCAUCCCCCUGCUCCUGCAGAACCGCGUCCCUGACGGGUACGAGGACAGCGACCGGGUGGACGUGAGCCUGCGGCCGGAAUCGUCGACGGAGGCAGAUUACGAGGUGGUGCCCGUGGAGGCCUACGGCGUUGCCAUGCUGAGGGGCAUGGGCUGGAAGGCAGGCGAGGGCAUCGGAUGCACCUUCAAGCAGGAUGUGAAGCCCCUGGAGCACCAGCUGCGCCCAAGGGGGCUGGGCCUGGGAGCCGACCGCUCGGCCAUCCAGGACCUGCAGCCGGCCCGCCCCCUGCGGCCCCCCAAGCCGGGUGAAGAGCACCGGGGGGGCGAGGAGGAGCCGCUGGGGCUGGUGGCAGGGGGUGCCGUGCUGAUUGUGGCUGGGCCCCACAAAGACCUCUAUGGGAAGAUUGAAGGUGUAGACCCCGAUAAUGCCCGGGUGAUGGUGAAAUUGGCCAUUGGGGAUAAGAUCGUCACCAUCAGCCAGCACAGCCUGCAACCUGUGACCCGGAAGGAGUAUGAGAAACUAGCCAAGGAUCUGAGCCGCUUAAGCAAAGCCCACAAAGAAAAAGAAGAGAAGCAGAGAAGUGGACCCACUGAUGCCCUGGACGCCAGGGUCCCCCAAGAGAAGGGGGAAGAAAAGGACAGAAAGAGGAAACAGCCAGCAGAUUCGGAGAGUGACGCCCGCACCGGGAAGCAGAGUAAAGGUAGCAGCAGCAGCUCCUCGUCCUCCCGCUCCCCCCACUGGCUGCGGCGAGAUCUGCGGGUUCGCUUCGUGGACAAGCUCUACAAGGGGGGAAAAUACUAUAACACCAAGAUGCUGAUCGAGGACGUGCUGAGCCCAGAUACUUGUGUCUGUCGGACAGAGGAGGGGCAGGUCUUGGAUGGCAUCCAGGAGGCCAUGCUGGAGACGGUCAUCCCCAGGGGCGCUGCAGACUGGGUGCUAGUGGUGCUGGGGGAGCACGCCGGCAGGGUGGGCCGGAUCCUGCAGCGCGACCAGCGGCGGAGCCGGGCACUGGUGCAGCUGCAGCGCGAUGAGGAUGGGGACGUCCUGGCGCUAGACUACGACGCUGUCUGCCACUAUGUAGGGGGCACCGAGGACGACUGAGCCCCCUUCCCCCCACCCCCCAUUCUGCUGGACUUGGGAUGGGGGCACAUCCUCUCUAGGGAGUGGCAGGACAUGGAUGGAGUCCAGCAGAGGGGGAACAUUGCUGCCAUGGCUAGGACUGAGUUCUAGAACAACUUUUGUGCGAUCUGGAGCAGGAGCAGCAAGAUCUAGAACGUGACCAGGCUUGGGCGCUAGAGUGAGGCUUCAACUAGGCUGAGAGUGAGUUCUAGAUUGAGAUGAAAGGUGGGUUUGGGACCAGAGAAGAUGGGUUUGGGGAUAGUUGUUAAAUGGGCUCUAGAGCCAGGCCAAUGUUCAGAGCACACAUAGCUUUGGGAUCUCAAGGAAGCCUCAACGUGGGUUCUGGAGUGAACCCAACCUGUUCUAGAGUGAGCUUUUCUGUGGGACAUGGAGGUAUGCAUAGUGGGUUCUAGAGCGAGGUUUUAAAACGGGUCUAGGGUGGGGUUCAAACUGGAUCCAGAGCGACGCUGGUGUGACCCCGUAAAGUGGGUUCUGGAGCCUAAUGGGCUCUAGAGCCCGAGUAGAUGUGGGCCCGGGAGGUAAAACCACUGGGUUUGAGAGCAAGGUUUACAGGGUGGGUUGGAGGGAGGCCCCUGGGUCCUAGAUCAAACCGGACUGUUCUAGAGUGGUGGUGGAGUGUUUACAGCAGAGAUGGAGGUUGAUUCUAGAGCAGAGAGUUAUUUCCAGCAUGAUGUCGCCUGUGAGCUCUGGAGCAAGUUGUGCUGCUUCUGGAGUGUCCAGGCUGUGUUCUAGAUCAACCCUGGCCCCUGCUGUGUGUAGGUGAUCUUAGAGUCGGUCAUUUCUGGAGCAGUGUUCCAGAACCAGCAGGUUUAGGGGCAGGGAUGAAAGGGGAGCACCCCCUGCCCAUUUGGCAGGGGGAGAUUGUGGGAUAGGAGGGCGCCAUGGGCAGGUACUAUCUGUGUGUGUGAGGCGGGGGCUUAGCAGGAGACCUGGCAGGACCCCCCCCAUGCCAACUUCCAAGCUGGCUGCUGGGCCUACGACAGCCCCUUGCCUGUGGCACUUUGUAAAGCAAGACGGUGUAAAUAAAUGCGCUAGUCCCUUC